AUGGCCUUUCCAAGAUCCAUGUGGCUGAACUGCGUAUGGAGAGCGAUGAUAGUCCGCCUGUUACACAUGGGAUUGAAUGCCACUUUUGCUUUUUGUAUACUUGGAUUUUUGCUUCACGCUGCAGCUGUGUCCUCCCAAAAAUUGGAUGAUACCAACCCAGUGGUGACCACCAACUUUGGCAAGAUAAGAGGGAUUAAGAAGGAACUUAAUAAUGAAAUUUUGGGACCCGUUAUUCAGUUUCUUGGGGUUCCGUAUGCUGCCCCUCCAACAGGGGAGCGCCGCUUUCAACCUCCUGAGCCUCCGUCUCCCUGGGGAGAUAUCAAAAAUACCACUCAGUUUGCUCCAGUGUGUCCCCAGAACAUUAUAGAAGGCAGACUGCCUGAAGUCAUGCUUCCCGUGUGGUUUACUAAUAACUUGGAUGUAGUUUCCACCUAUGUACAAGAUCAGAAUGAAGACUGCCUCUAUUUAAAUAUCUAUGUCCCAACCGAGGAUGUCAAAAGAAUAUCCAAGGAAUGUGCCAGAAAACCCGGCAAGAAAAUUUGUAGAAAAGGAGGUCCCCUUACAAAGAAACAGACAGAUGAUUUAGGUGAUAAUGACGGUGCUGAAGAUGAAGACAUUCGGGACAGUGGGGGACCUAAGCCUGUGAUGGUGUAUAUUCACGGAGGGUCCUACAUGGAAGGCACUGGAAAUUUAUAUGAUGGCAGUGUUCUAGCAAGUUAUGGGAAUGUGAUAGUCAUCACAGUCAACUAUCGCCUUGGGGUACUUGGAUUUUUGAGCACUGGGGACCAAGCAGCAAAAGGAAACUAUGGCCUCCUUGAUCUAAUUCAAGCUUUGCGAUGGACUAGUGAAAAUAUUGGGUUCUUUGGUGGUGACCCAUUAAGAAUAACUGUUUUUGGAUCUGGUGCAGGCGGUUCAUGUGUCAAUCUGUUGACUUUAUCCCAUUAUUCUGAAGGUAACCGUUGGAGCAAUUCAACCAAAGGACUUUUUCAAAGAGCAAUAGCUCAAAGCGGAACAGCUCUCUCCAGCUGGGCAGUUAGUUUUCAGCCUGCAAAAUAUGCCAGGAUGUUGGCUACAAAAGUUGGUUGCAACAUGUCAGACACUGUAGAAUUGGUAGAAUGUCUACAGAAGAAGCCUUAUAGAGAACUUGUCGACCAGGACAUUCAACCAGCAAGAUACCAUAUAGCCUUUGGACCAGUAAUUGAUGGCGAUGUGAUACCAGAUGAUCCUCAGAUAUUGAUGGAACAAGGAGAAUUCCUCAAUUAUGACAUCAUGUUGGGAGUUAACCAAGGGGAAGGGUUAAAGUUUGUUGAAAAUAUUGUGGAUAGCGAAGAUGGCAUAUCAGCUAGUGAUUUUGACUUUGCAGUUUCUAAUUUUGUCGAUAACUUAUACGGAUACCCUGAAGGCAAAGAUAUAUUGAGGGAAACUAUUAAGUUUAUGUACACGGACUGGGCAGAUCGACACAAUCCUGAGACCAGAAGGAAAACACUGCUGGCUUUGUUUACUGAUCACCAGUGGGUUGCACCAGCAGUGGCUACAGCAGAUCUUCACUCAAAUUUUGGAUCGCCUACAUAUUUCUAUGCCUUCUACCAUCAUUGCCAGACAGAUCAGGUACCUGCGUGGGCAGAUGCAGCCCAUGGAGAUGAGGUUCCUUACGUACUAGGAAUCCCCAUGAUUGGUCCUACUGAAUUAUUUCCUUGUAAUUUCUCCAAAAAUGAUGUCAUGCUAAGUGCAGUGGUGAUGACGUACUGGACAAACUUUGCAAAAACUGGUGACCCAAAUCAACCAGUCCCACAAGAUACAAAAUUCAUCCAUACGAAACCAAAUCGUUUUGAAGAAGUAGCAUGGACCAGAUAUUCUCAGAAAGACCAACUGUAUCUUCACAUUGGCUUAAAACCACGAGUUAAAGAACAUUAUAGGGCCAAUAAAGUGAACCUUUGGUUGGAACUGGUACCUCAUCUGCACAAUCUUAACGACAUUUCACAGUAUACCUCUACCACAACUAAAGUGCCAUCAACUGAUAAUACUUUCAGACCAACAAGGAAAAAUUCUGUUUCUGUUACUUCAGCCUUUCCUACAGCCAAACAAGAUGAUCCCAAACAACAACCAAGCCCGUUUUCAGUGGAUCAAAGGGACUAUUCAACAGAAUUGAGUGUUACUAUUGCAGUUGGUGCAUCUUUGCUGUUCCUGAACAUUUUGGCCUUUGCAGCAUUGUACUACAAAAAAGACAAGCGGAGACAUGAUGUUCAUAGGAGAUGUAGCCCACAGCGUACUACUACCAAUGAUCUUACCCAUGCACAAGAAGAGGAGAUAAUGUCCCUCCAAAUGAAGCACACUGACUUGGAUCAUGAAUGUGAGUCCAUCCAUCCACAUGAGGUGGUUCUUAGGACCGCCUGUCCCCCAGACUACACGCUAGCUAUGAGAAGGUCUCCUGAUGAUAUUCCCUUAAUGACACCCAACACCAUCACAAUGAUCCCCAACACUAUACCAGGGAUUCAACCCCUACACACAUUCAACACAUUUACCGGAGGACAGAACAAUACUCUGCCCCAUCCUCAUCCCCACCCCCAUUCACACUCAACAACCAGGGUAUAGCCAGACAAGACGAAACAAACUUUAUUUUUUGAUGGAUUACAGUAGGUGAUAUUACUGAAGAUUACUUGGCUUUCAACCUACAAGACUCUUACUAUUUAAAUAUGGAGGAAUAUUAUGUGAAUAUACAUAUCAAGAACUUUUGGGGUUUUGAAAAAAAUGAAUUGUACAUAUAUCAAAUGAACUUAAGAAACAAACAAACAAAACAAACAAAAGAAAAAACAAAAAAACCAACUGUUUGCAAUUGCUUGAAGCAGUUGUCCUGAAUGAUACUUUUUCAUUCACAUUCAAGUAUUAAUUUUUUGAAGAUUUAAGUUACAUAAUGGAAUUAGGCAUGUGCAACACAAACAGGAAAGAACUAUGACUGAAAAUUUUAAAAACCUAUAAAUAUGCACAAGGGACACACUAAUGGAAUGUCAGAUAAUUUUCACCAAUUUUUAUUUGGACCUGUUUUCUUGUGUAGACCAUAUUUACAUAUUUGAGUAAGUACACAAAGCACCAAUGCUGUUAAGGCCUUAGAAAGGGGCUCAUGCUGAAAUCUGCCAGUCAGUUUUACAGCCUGGCAGGUACAACAUUAUCACAUAAGUGCUGUCAGUAUAAAAGUUGUGGGAAUAAAGGAAACUGGAUAUUUUUAGCACGAUGUGCAUGAUAAUUUAUAUGCUUGGUGGCUGUGCUGCUGAUUAAGCCGUAAUUAAAAUUCUUCUCAUCCCAUUGGAGUUUUUAAUAGAAGCUUUCUCCAUCAAUUGGCACAACCUAAAGAAGUUUUUUAAAGGGGCAAAGGUAAUUACAGCAAAACAUUUCAUGGUAGCUUCAGAAAUAGAAGGGAUUGCAACAGUUCUUAAAGGUAUUUAUGGCAUUCUAGGUAUACAGUGGUGAACCCUCACUGAUACGAAACCCAGACAAAAAAUCUGUAUUAUUAAUGUUUUUUUUUCCCUUCCACCUAAAUAAUUUCUAACUUUAACAUAACUAUAACUUUAAUGGAAUCUCCUUUGAUGAAGGAUUUAUAAUUUGCUGUGAUUUAGUUACAGUAUGUUUAGUUCAAAUUGGUAAGGUAAAGUGUGUCCAAAAAUUUAAUUGCAAUGAUAUUUUGCAAUAUAAAAAUGCCCCAGUAUUACCACUCUGAUUACACCUUUCAGUUUAUUGUUUAAACUCAUGUUGCAUGUUACAAAGCUUACUUAUGAUACUUUAAUAUAAAGUUAAUUCCCUUUUUGCUAGACAUUAGCUUUGCCAUUCAAAUGAAUUCUCUAGACCAGAUGGCAACAGUGUAGAAAAAGAGAGUAUGUAAGAACGGGGAGAGAGCCAACAACUGGAAAUUUUAAAAUCUGAAUACUACAUAUGUUUGUGUGAUUUGAAAUGAAUGUUCUAAAAUCACAAGAAAUUUUUCAUUCCCCUGUUGCUUUCCAGUAAUUAUAUACCACAGUCCUUUCAAAAUGUUUGUAUAUGUAAUCAGAUGUACAUUUAUAUAAAAGUAAUAAUUGAGAUGGACUUAAGAGCACAUCCCUGAUAAAUACUUUAUCUCUUACCUGUACUAUAUUUCUAUUAGACUGAAGUUAUGUGAUUUUUUUUUACAUUUUUUCAAAUUACUAGCAAUUUUGAUAGUUUGUAAGAUAAUGCGAAGAACUUUCUCUGACAAACUAACUGCAGUAACAGAAACAUUUCUUUUCAGUUACUCUUUUUCAAGAAUGAAAGCUUAUUACACACAAAAAUUGUAUACUACUUGAUGGAAAAUUACUUUGUACUUCUUGGCCAUAUUACUGGUCACUGAGUGAAAUAAAGAUAAUCUGGAUAACGAAUAUUAUUCCAAUGCUAAGAGACCUGAUCUUUGCUCAUUAAAGAGCUAAAAUGUU